AUGUCAAGCAUGGAUAUCCAAAUCGGAACAGAUGAUCAAGGUCGAGAGCGAGAUCGACCGCAGCUCUUCCGAAGUUACCUGAGGAUUCUCUCGUAUGGAGCCAGCAACGGCGGCAUCUUCGCGAUACUCGCGGGGACCAUCUCUGCGAUGGGCUCUGGUGUGGCACUACCACUCAUGAACGUCAUUUUCGGCCGGCUUGUUGGAGACUUCACGCAAUACUUCAUCCCAGGGAGCGGGUUCACUAAAGAGCAAUUCCUCGCUGCUAUAGCGCGCAACACGGUGUUCAUUCUCUAUCUCUUCAUGAUAAAGUUUGUCUUUACGUAUAUCUUCACGCUCUGCUUCCGCUUCGUCGGUCUGCACGCCUCCGGUACGCUGCGACUCAAGUACAUCAAAGCCCUCUUCGCACAGCCCGUGAGCAAACUCGACGAUAUCUCAUCAGGGACAGUAAUAAACGCCGUUGUGAGCUCGUCAAACACAAUCCAGCAAAGUAUCUCGGACAGACUCCCUAUACUGGUCCAGACUAUUACAAUCCUGGUCACCGCGUACGCGAUUGCAUUCUACCAUUCAUGGCCAUUGACGCUCGUUGUCAGCUCGGCGAUUGUCUUCAUUGCGGUCUGUGUUUCGAUCACGACGCCGGUUCUGGUUCGCUUGUUGCAUCGUAUGAACGAGGCGGAUGAUAAGCAUCUGUCUAUUGCGACGGAAGUAUUUGGCUCGAUUCGGACGGUGCUGUCGCUGAAUGCAGAAGAGGCCUUGACGGAGCGGUAUGUCUACUGGGUGAAUGAGUCAAGGAACCGGGGCCUGAAGAUCUCGACUGUUGGUGCUGUACAUCUCGGGUUGAUAUUCUUCGGAGUAUACUGCAGCUUCUCGCUGGCGUUUUGGUAUGGUCUGAGACAGCUCUAUUAUGGUGAAAUCGACGACGUGAAUACCAUCAUUAUCGUGUUCAUGUCAGUCCUCAUCGCCGUCAUGGUAAUGGGCCAGAUCGCCGCGCCGUUAAUGAUCAUUUCCAAAGCAAUCGGGUCCACGGGCCCGUUCUUCGACAUCAUCGAUGCACCAGAGUCAUCAAGCUCGGGACUGAAAGAUCCCCAGGUCUCCAGCGAGGAGGACAUUGUCUUUGAAGACGUGACAUUCGCCUAUCCGAGCCGGCCGUCUGUUCCAGUACUUCGCAACUUCAACGCGCGAUUCCACAAGGGCAAGACUACGGCGUUGAUAGGUCCUUCGGGGUCAGGGAAGAGCACAGCAAUGGCGCUUAUUGAAGGCUGGUAUGACCUCGCCAAGCAUGACGCAGGGGGGAUAUUUGUUGGCGGGCAGAAUAUCAGCCAUAUCGAUUCCAAAUGGUGGCGGGCCCAGGUUGGUCUGGUGCAGCAGGAACCGCAUCUAUUCAAUGACACGGUGUAUAAUAAUAUCUGCUUUGGACUGGUUGGGUCGCACUGGGAGAAUAAGGCGAAUCUGGUGAAGUGGAAUUUGGUCGUUGCGGCGUGUAAAGAGGCUUAUGCGCAUGAUUUUAUCCAACGGUUACCGCAGGGAUAUGACACGGUCGUCGGCGAGAGCGGAAUGACAUUGAGCGGCGGGCAGCGACAACGCCUUGCAAUAGCGAGAAGUAUUGUAAGCAAGCCGUCGGUGUUGAUUCUGGACGAGGCAACCAGUUCCAUCGAUAUCCAUAGCGAGAGGAUUGUACAGGCGGCGCUGGAUCGUGUAGCCAGGAACUGCACAACAAUCAUCAUUGCCCAUCGGUUAUCGACCAUCCGUAAUGCAGACCACAUUAUUGCAAUGGAGGAUGGCACGAAUCGCCAGGAGGGAACACACAGUGAGCUCAUGGAGCGUGGGGGUUUAUAUAGACAGUUGGUGGAUGCACAGCAGAUUCAUACGAAUGCCCCUGUUGUAGAUGACAGUUCUACCCUGGGUGAAGAUGAAGAUGAGGAUGAGGACGAACAGGAGCAGUUACAGAUUGGCUUCUCACUUCAAAGCUGGCUCUUCGCACAGCUCAUCGACACAUUCCGGUUCUUCGCAGACUUACUGGACGCAGCUCAUUUCUGGGCAGUGGUGUUCUUCAUCUUAGCACUCAGUAUGGGCGCCUGUUACUCCAUACUUGGAUACUCCUCGAACUCCAUAUCUAUGCACGUCGGAUCCAAGGCACGAAUUGGCUAUUUCUCCGGAAUCCUGCGCAACCCCGUGCCCUACUUCGACAAGGAAGAGAACUGCUCCGGAAUGCUCGUCUCACGCCAUUCGGCAGAUACAAAGCAGGUCCAAGACUUCACUGGCAUCCCGAGUACAUUUCCCAUUGUUGCCGCUCUCAGCGCCACGGGCAGCUUGGUCAUCGCAUGCAUAUAUGGCUGGAAACUGGCUCUGGUCGGCGUUGUCUCUGUACUCCCUGUCCUGGGCACGGCUGCCUUUCUCCGGGUGCGUCACCAGUUGCAACUCGAAGCCCUCAAUGCAGAGGUUUACGCAGAUAGUUCGAGAUUCAUCAGCGAAGCGGUUCGUGCAUUCCGUACCAUUGUUGCCUUGACCAUGGAGGACUCGAUUGUCAAUCGCCAUACGAAGCUUCUACAGGAGCAGCAGAAGAAAGCAACUGUGAAGUCGUGGUAUUCCAGCCUUGUUUUCGCCUUCUCCGACAGCAUGGAGCUUCUGGCUAUGGCUCUGUCGUUCUGGUAUGGAGGACAACUCCUAGCAUCUCGCGAGUACGAUGUUGUCAGCUUUUUUGUGGUCUACAUCGCCAUAAUCCAGGCCGCAGGGUCAGCAGGUGUAUUCUUCAGUUUCGGCCCAAGCAUUGCGCAGACAAGAGAAUCAGCAGGGCGAAUCCUAAUGGAGGGAUCUCUCAUAAACCAAAAGCAGUAUUCAAGCGAUGUAUUGCCUCCCACCAGCCAGAUUAGUCUCGAAUUUUCCCAGGUUUCGUUCCAAUAUGCCACCAGAGGGUCACCAACCUUAGAAGACUUGACCUUCAAAAUAAACGGCGGCCAAUUCGUCGCCUUCGUCGGUCCGUCCGGGUGUGGGAAGUCCACCCUCAUCUCUCUAUUAGAACGCUUCUACGAGCCAACAAGGGGCGAGAUCCUCUUCAGCGGCCGCAAUCUGAACGAACUGGACGUGUCUUCCUACCGUCGCACACUGGCACUAGUAAGCCAAGAACCCAAGCUCUUCGGGGGCAGUAUCCGAGAUAAUCUCCUGCUUGGGUUGAAUCUCCCCGAUUCCGAUGCUCAAGAGAUGACACGGGCAUGCCAACAGGCGGAGAUCCAUGACUUCAUCAUGUCCCUUCCCGACGGCUAUUCAACAGAGCUAGGAAUCAACGCACAGGUCUCGCUGAGUGGUGGGCAGAAGCAGCGCCUGUGUAUUGCGCGCGCCCUGCUGCGGAACCCGGCUGUCCUGCUUCUCGACGAGGCUACGUCGAGUCUGGAUUCCGAGUCGGAGCGGCUUAUUCAGGACUCGCUUGAGCGGCUGGCUGGGGAGCGGAAUAUGAUUAUUGUUGCUGUUGCGCAUAGAUUGGCGACGAUUCAGAAGGCGGAUUGUAUUUAUGUGUUUGGGGAUGGAGAGAAGGAGGGCUCGCGAAUUGCUGAGAGGGGGACGCAUCAGGAACUGCUGAAGCGGGGAGGACUCUAUUUCCAGAUGUGUCAAGCGCAGGCUCUUGAUAGGUAA